GGUGUAAGCGAGUAGCGUCUGUGUUCCCGGCGAGCUGCCUGGUUCUCCUAGAACCCCGGGCACGCCGUCGCGGAGGCCAUGGGGCGGCGGUGGGGGUCCGCUAUGAGGGCGGCGGAAAUGACGGGCUGCGUGGUGAGCGCCUCCCGCGCUGGGCAGCUAGAAGAGGGCUCGUGGAGCUGCAGUGGGGUGAUCCUGAGCCGCAGCCCUGGCCUGGUGCUGUGCCAUGGGGGGAUCUUCACCCCUUUUCUGCGAGCCGGCAGCGGGGCGCUGACUGCGGAAGGCGUCGCCUUCCUGCCGGGCAGCAGUUGCACCGACGACCUUCGCCUGCAUGUUCUGUGGAGUGCAACGGCCACCAGUUCCCCAGGCCGCGCGGAGCUGGGCCGCCCCGGCCUGUGCACGCCCCAGUGCGCCAGCCUGGAGCCGGGCCCACUGACCCGGCCUCGCGGGCCGCCCUUGGAGCCCCCGCGCCAUGCCGAACUGCUGUUGCUGCUGAGCUGCCCUGCCUUCCGGGCCCACUUCGCCAGCCUCUUCGGAGGCGACGCGGCCGAGCUGUGGCGCUUCGCGGGUGCGGCGCCCGACGACGAGGUGUCGGAGGAGGAGGAGGAGGAUCAGCUGAGAUCGCUGGGCUGGUUCGCGCUGCUGCGAGUGCGGCCAGGCCGGGAGGACGAAGCCAAGGAGCGCGGGCCCGCCGUGGCUGUGGCGCCUUUGGGGGCUGUGCCCAAGGGCGCGCCGUUGCUGGCCUGCGGGUCCCCGUUCGGGGCCUUCUGCCCGGACAUCUUCCUCAACACGCUCAGCCGCGGCGUGCUGAGCAACUCGGCGGGCCCGCUGCUGCUCACCGAUGCUCGCUGCCUGCCGGGCACCGAGGGUGGCGGCGUGUUCGCCGUCCGGCCAGCCGGUGCGCUCGUGGCGCUGGUGGCAGCGCCGCUCUGCUGGAAGGCCCGCGAGUGGGUGGGCCUCUCGCUGCUCUGCGCCGCCGCCCCUCUCAUCCACGCCGCCAGGGUGGCGCUCGGCCGCUUGUCCCCUGACGCUGCUGCCCUGGCUGCUCUCCUGCCCCCCGAAGAGGGCGCCCCGUGGGGCCUGCCGCGCCAAGACUCUGUGCCCCCUUGGGCAGCUUCAGCCGUGCUGGUGGAGUGUGGCACUGUUUGGGGCUCCGGAGUGGUGGUGACGCCUCGCCUUGUGGUGACUUGCCGUCAUGUCGCCCCUCGGGAGGGGGCCAGGGUCAUGAUUUGGUCCACCACCCCCAAGAGUGUCCAUAUUUGGGGACGUGUGGUGUUUGCCACCCAGGAGACGUCUCCUUAUGACAUAGCGGUGGUGAGUCUGGAGGAAGAGCUAGAUGGGGUCCCCAGACCUGUGCCCGCUGCGAAUUUCCAUGAAGGUGAGGCUGUCAGUGUGGUGGGCUUUGGUGUCUUCGGCCAGACUUGUGGUCCCUCGGUGACCUCAGGCAUCCUGUCGGCUGUGGUGCAGGUGGAGGACAUGCCGGUGAUGCUGCAGACUACGUGUGCCGUGCACGGAGGCUCCAGUGGGGGACCCCUCUUCUCCACCUACUCAGGGGACCUCCUGGGCAUCGUGGCCAGCAACACCCGGGAUAACAACACAGGGGCCACGUACCCCCACCUGAACUUCAGCAUCCCCAUCACAGUGUUGCAGCCUGCCCUGCAACGCUACAGCCAGACAGGCGACCUGGGUGGUCUCCGGGCGCUGGACAGUGCCCCUGAGCCUGUGAGGGUGGUAUGGCGGCUGCAGCGGCCCCUGCCAGAGGCCCCAAGGAGUAAGCUCUGAGACUGUGUCACCACUCAAGAGAAGAGCCACCAUGUUAUGCCCCAAGAAGUGCCAAGACUGGCAGUCUGAUGUCCUAAGUAGUGUGCCCUUCCUUGUGGGGCCGCCUGCCUGUCACACUCAUUGUGCUCAGCUCUGGAAUCUGGAUCACAUGUUCCUCAGCUUCGUAAGUCUGCAACUUAGCAGCCUGUUUAAGGUGCUUUCUUGAGCCCCUACUUCUUUAAGGCCCCUGGCACUAGAUUCAGCUUUGGUUUCCCCUUCUGGGGGCCCCACCACAGCCACACAAGGGCCCUGGUGCUGACAGACCGGUGCUGGCUGGAAGACGGGCCCAGCCUGGCUCCACAGCUCUUCCCUGUCUGGAGCUGCUGCUGUUCUGAGCCCUCUGCUCCCAGCCAGCAUUGGGAUGACAGGGAGCACCCAGCUUCCUUAGAAGCCUCAGUAGAGAGGUGUUAAGGAGAUAUGAAGACCAAACCUGCCAGUCAGGACACUCACUGUGUACCCAGGUCUGGCACACGUGGGGCCCCGCUCUGAGGACCAGAGAUGAAAGGCAAGAGGAGCAUCUCCGUGUUCUGUUCUGGCAGACUUGGGUCUUGGCAUGUCAGGGGUCACUGACCUAUAGGGCCGCGUAGACGCAGUGCCUUAAUUUUCCAGCCCUUAAAAUGGGUCUCAGGGAUGUUGGUGGAUGGAAUAGUCUAUUUGGGGUUUGGGAAUAAACAUGACCUGUGGGAAAACAUCUGCACUUCUGUAUAUCAGAUCCUUUCUUCUUUGUUUCUAUAGUUGAAUUAGGAACAGGCAAGCAUCAAGCACAGAAAUACACCUUUCUGUAUUGCUCUCUUGUCAGGGUAAAGGGUGCUGAUCUCCUGGGAUCAGUCUCAUGCCAGACUGGCCCUUAGUAGCUGGUCAUAGAACCUGCCAGCACUGAGUAGGGUUUAUAGCUCCCAGAAGGUGGUUUAGAAGGUCCAGGAUGUGCUCGGCUUGUUUUAGACUCCUGGGAUGGGUGGGAUUUAGGGAAUUCCAGGAUGAAUGAGGCCAAGGCAGUCCCCAAGGAGGUGUUCAGACCAACCCUUCCAGUCAGGACACUCACUGUAUGCCCAGGGCCCCGCACAUGUGGCGCCUCAGGAAAUGAUCAUUGAAAGGUGGAUGCCACUUGGGAGUGGGGGGACUGAGAGGCUAAUUCUAAGCAGAGACUCUCUAGAAGUAAUUUGUUUUUUUCUAAAAUCUAAUUAUUGAGUGUUAACUCCGAGUAAACAUAGAACAGUUCCGUGAUAAUUGUCUUCUUUAUAGAUUAAGGGUGUGUCCAGAGAGCAAAGUUAGCUUGAGAGAAGUGCCAUAGUGAAUGAAUGUUGGUAGGGGUGAGCUGAGGUGUGUCUGCUGAGAUUAGGAGGAGCAGGACUUAUUCCCUGUGUUGGCACCAAGGAGCUAUAGGUAGACUGCUGUGUCAGCCAUUCUUGAACAGAGCAGCUUUGUCCUGUUCGGGCUGUAUGUCCAGGGGCCCAGGGAUGGAGGAUCAGGCAAGCUUCAUCAAGGUAAUUCAUGAGCAGAACCCUGAAAGCAGAGUUAGUGCUUACCAAGUAGACUGGAAACCAGGUGUCCAGGUUGAAAGAGUGGGAGCCAGGACAGGGACCAGUGAAGUUACCUGUAUGUUCUGGGAGUGCUGAGUAAUUGAAAGUGGGAGGGAGCCAGACUAGAGAUUGGAGAACUAAUUCCAGUGGCCCUAGGGAAGGAGAAGUUGGCUAAGGUUGGACCAGGGGUGUGUGGAGAAGUUCAAGCAAUAAUACAGGAGGGGGGACUGAUCAGAUGGGCCAGUGCAGGUACAGAGAAAGGUCAAACAGUGCCCAGAUCUCCUGUUAGAGUAAUGAUGGGUGGCUGACAAAUUUGUGUCUGUGGGAUAUCAAGUUGAGAAAUACAACAAACUG